UCAUCAUCAUCUUCAUCUUCAUUUUGUUAUUCAACUAUAUAUCAUUCAUCAUCAACAACAAAUCAUAUUCAUGAUAUAAAAAAUCAUCUUAAUUUUCAGAAAAAUAUAUCUUCAUUGUAUGAACCACCAACAACAGAUAUGAAAUUAUUAAUCGGACAACAACCAACUGUACGAACACAUUCAUUACAUGAUGUUCAACAACGUAUUGAUUAUUUUGAAAAGAAAAAAUUAAUCGAUGAUAAUGAACAUAAAUUACAAGAGAAAGUUCUUUCAAAUCCUUCAUCAACAUCAUCAGCUGAAACAUUACAAUCAGUUAUUGCUAAUACAUUACAACAAACAUUUUUUAAUGGUGAAUCUUAUGGUAGUGCUGUAUCACGUACAAUGAUGAAUUCAACAAAUGGUAAUAAUAAUCAAUCAAUUGCUAAACGUCGAAGUCUUUCAAGUGGAAAUCUUUUUGCAUCAAAUGAACAAAAACGAUUUAAUCGUUAUUCGUCAUCAUUAUCUAAACGUGUACGAACAUAUUCACUUUCAAAUCAUUUAACAAUGGCUAUAACAGCAAUAACAAGUUUUUCAGAAGAACAACCAACUGAACCACAAGAAACAAUGAGUAUGGAUUAUGAAAAUACAUAUUUUUAUCCAGAAGAAACAACAAGAUUCGAUGAUGGUUUAUCACUUACAACAAUUACAUCAAAUAUUCCUGCUAAAAUAACUAAUACACAACAUGAUACUAGUGUAUGUUCAGAUACAACUGUUUUUCAAUCAGAUACUGAUGAAAAUUCAGACGUAAUGAUAUCUGCUGUUAAACAUUAUGGAAAUACAUAUGAUAUUAAUAUGACACCUGAUUUACAAAAUGAAAACAAUGCAAAUAAUGAUGAACAGAUAAUUCGAAUACGACUUAGUUUAACACCACCUGAUCAGCAUUUUUCUGGUAUGGUACAUGCAACAAAAUAUACAGUUGUUAAAGAAAAAGAAUGUUUAUCCGAUUAUGGCAAUACUAAGCAUUAUAUUGAACAUAAUAAUAAGAUAAGGUCAAAUGUAGACAAUGUCUCGUUAAAUAAAUCGAUGACAUCGUCUAUGCAACAUGAUCAUUGUCGAAGAAUUUCUGCCGACGAUGAACAACUAAAUCAACAAGAGAAACGAACAAAUGAUAAUAUUAAUGAUUCUAAUACAGUAAAUCAACAAGCAAUUGUUCAGUCGAUCAAAAUGAAUAAUGGUAUUGAAAUGAUGACACAACAAGAAACGAGUGUUAGUGGUAGUGGUGGUGGUGAUGAUGACGAUGAUGAUGAUGGACAUUAUUCAGAUGAAUCAAAUUAUUCAGAAGAUUUAAGGUACUCAUCGGAUGCGGCUCGUAACAGCUGUACAAGUGAUGAUCUGAAUAAUACAAGUUCAACAUUACGCCAAGAAGCUAUUUCGAUAACACGAGUUCGUUGUAAACGACGUAAAACAUGGAUACGUUCACCUAGUUCACCAACUAGAUCACCUAAUAAUAAUAAUAAUUCGAAACCAAUCAGUUAUCUUCAACAACGUCGUUUAAAAACAAAUCUUAUACAACCAUUCUUAUCAAAUAAUCAAGUUGAUGAAACAGAUGCUUGUCAAAAUAUAAACUCGAAUUCAACGACAACACCAAAAACAUCUACACGUAUUGAAAGAACCAUGUUAUUACAUAAUAAUUCAUUAAAUUGUAAUACUAAUCAAAACAAGAAUAUUGAAACAUCAUCAUAUAAUUUUAUACCAAUAAAUAAUAAUAAUCAUCAUCAUCAUACGAUCAAAACAGAUGAAUCAUCAUUGUUAAAUAUAAGUAGCACUUCAUACCAAGAUACAUCAUCACCAAAGAUUAACAAAAAAACAAAUGAAUAUUAUUCAUCAUCUUUAAGUCCUAUCAAACAUUUAUUAAAUGAAAGUAUCGAUUCCAAUAUUGAAAUUAUACAAAUGGAUGAACAAGAAUGUAUAUUAGAAAUUGUCGAUGGUGUUUUAACAAUUGUACCAAAAGAUAAAUCAAUAUCAUCAUCUAUCGAUAGUACGAAAGAUAAAAAACGAAUUAAUCAUAAUUCUUCUAAAUAUCAAAAUCAACGUUCAUCAUCAAUUGCAUCAUCAGCUUCAACACCAUCUCUAUCUGAACAAGAACCCGAACGUGAUGAAUCAUCAUCAAUUUCAUCAUCAAAACCAUAUCAUAUAGUUUUACAGGAUAAUUCAAUAACAAAACCAUCAUCAUUUCUACAAACCGAUCCACCAUCGGACGUCCUUGAUUUAUUUUCUGCUCCCAUAACAUCAAAAAAUCAAAAAAAUUUACUUGAUGAUUCUUUAUCAUCAGUUUCAUCUUAUAGUGCUCAAAUAACACCUGAAAUAAAAAAACAACAACAACAAACUAGUAUUCCACGUUCAUCAUCACCUAUUCAUACAAAAUCAAAAUCUUCAUCAAGCAAAAGCAAGACAACAACAGCAGAUACAUCCUCGUCAUCUGUUGAAAAUCAAACACGUUCAAAUAAAAAUACUCUUCUUUCUGAAUUACUACAAACUGUUAAAAAAUCUCCACCAACUAAUAACGAAACCGAAAUUGAAAAACCGAAAUCAAAUUCUUCAUCAUUAUCGAAAACUGAAUCAACUUCAACACCUAAACCUAUCAAUAAAGAUCGUAUAAACGAAUUUGCAUCACUUCUAUCAUCAUCUGUUCAUUUAUCUCAACCACAAACAAUUCAAAAACCAAUAAAAUCAUCAACAACAACAAAAAAAUCAUCAUCAUCAUCAACAAUACGUUCAGAAGAACGAAGUUCAUCAUCAAUACCAUCAGCAAAUACAGAACGUGACGAACGUGAAUCAUAUCAUACAGUUAAAUCAAAUAAUUCCGAAGAAAAUCAAACUAAAAAACAUAUUGAUGCACGUUAUAAUGAAAGAUUAGAUGAUCGCGGUUCAAUUAAAGUUAAAACAGCAAAUAUAAAAGCUUUAUUUGAACAAAAAAUAUCUGAUACAAACAAAGCAUUAUCUCAAUCAAGUGAACAUUUAUUACAUUUGACUGAAGUUAAACAACAACAACAACAUCAUAAAAAAAUACCGAUUAGUUAUGGAAGUUUAAAAAGAAAUAUACCAAAUUAUCCACAAACAGGGUCAAAUAACAAUAAUAGACGACAAUCAUAUAAUCAAGAUACUUUACCAAUGAAUAAAUAUACGGAUCAUGUUGUUGGAACAAAAGAUGUUGUUAUCGAAGAUAAACAGCCUGAAAAUGCUCUUAGCAAAGCUAUACGUCGUAAUACAACUGAAUCAGUCGUUUAUUCUACAACAACUGAUGCAUCAGCUAACGGUUCUAUGUCACCAACAAAUGGUUAUUAUUCUGAAACAUUAAUUGCUCGCGAGAUACGUCAAACCAAACAGAAAGAAGAUGAAUUAAAACGACAACGUAAAAAAUGUGGUUUUAUUGAAGAUGGAUCUGGUAUAAUGUCGAAUUCAACUAAUGAUUCGAUUAAAUCUGAAUCAACAUUAUCAACAAAUCAAUCGGUUAAAAAUAGUUCAUUUUUAUCAAAUUUAGAUUUUUUUACAUCGAAAGCAGCAAAUAAUUCAUCAACUGAAUCAAUAUCAUCACCACGUCGUUCAAUUGUUUCAAUACAAAAUCAUACAUUUGAACCACAACAAGAUGAUUCAAAACAAAUGCAUACUAUUGUUUCGCAAGAAUUAAAUCGUUUUAAUGAAAAUGGUGUAUCAAUAAAUCGUACAAGUUCAACAAAUGGUAUACUUCCUCGUUCAACAUCAAAUCAAAAUAUACUCGCAACACAAAAUUCGAAUAAUAUAAUUCAACGUGAAAUUGAAGCUAUACGUGCUAAAGAAGCUGAAUUACGACAAUUAGGUCGUAUUCAACAUACAAGUGAUGAACAUGCUGAUCCAAGAAAAUAUCAAGAACUUGUUUCAACAUUACCAAAAAGUCAAUCAAUUCAAACAAUAUCAACAGGAAAAACACGUCGUGAUAGUGAAAAUCAACAAUUAUCACGCUCGCAUGGACCAGCAAAUGGAUUAUUCAAACCAAAAUUAAAUAAUAAUAAUAAUUCACCACUUUCAUCGGUACGUAAUAAAUUUCCAAGUCCAAAUCCUCAUGCACCAAUUGUUAGUUCAACAAAUAAAAUAGCUGAUUAUUCCAAAUUAUCAACAACUGAUCGACUUGAAUAUGAAAAACGUCAAUGUCAAGAACGUGACCAAGAAUUAAAAAAACAACGUAGUUCAAUAAGUGCUAGUACAUCAUCAACUAAUACAACAAUUAAUGGUGAUUCAGGUAAUGUUUCUCAGGAAGAACAUGAUGAUGAUCAAGAACGUUAUUUUGAUAAAAUUGAACGAUUAAAACGAACUGAAAAUGAAAAAGCUCAGGCACCAAUAGUUCGUCCACCAAAAAAAUUAGAUAUGUCACAAAAAUGGGAACAAAUGAUGGCAAAUAAAAUUGAUGAUUAA